AUGCCUUCGCCGCUGCGGGUGCCGGCGCGGCUGCUGCACGCGCGGUGCAAGACCACCGCGGCGCAGCACGUGGCGGCGCGGCACCUGGACCACACCUUCGAGCGCCUCGCGGCGGCGCACCUCCCGCUCGUCGCGGCGUCGCCGCUGGUCGACGCGCUGCGGGCCUCCCCCGAGCCGCUCGCGUUGCCAGACCUCGCGCGCCGCCUCCCGCUCCGCCUCCACCGCCGCGGCCCGCUCCACUUCCUCCGCCUCUUCCCGCGCGUGUUCCACCUCCGCGCCCCGCUCCCGCUCUCCCUCUCGCUGACCCCGGCCGCCGCGGACCUCCUCGCCGUCGCCAGCUCACCCGCCGACGCGGCGCGGACGCUCCACCGCCUCCUCGCGAUGUCGGGCUCCCGCGCACUCCCCCUCCGCGCCGUCUUCCGCGUCUGGCGCGAGCUCUCCCUCCCCGACGAUUUCGAGGAAUCCGUCAUCGCGGGGCACCCGCACCUCUUUCGCCUCGCCCCCAACCCCGCCGAGCCCAACACCCACAUUCUCCACCUCGUUGCCGAUUCGGCGGCCGAGGACUUCACCCCGGUGGUGGAUAAGACACGGUCAGACAGGUACGCGUUCAAGCUGCAGUUCCCGCCGGGGUUCAGGCUCACCAAGGAGUACCGCAAGAAGGUGAAGGAGUGGCAGCAGCUUCCAUACGCCGGCCCGUAUGAGGCCGUCAGUCCGAGGGCUGGAGGGAGCAAGAGAGUGUCGAAGCUUGCGAGGAGGAAGAUGGAGAAGAGGGCAGUUGGGAUCGCUCACGAGUUCCUGAGCCUGACAGUAGAGAAGAUGGUGGAGGUGGAGAAGUUCAGCCAGUUCAGGAAGUGGUUUGGGAUCGAGGUCAAUGUCCGGGACGUGUUCUUGGAUCACCCCGGAAUAUUCUACCUCUCGGCGAAGGGAAAGCGGCACACAGUGUUCUUGAGGGAGGCGUAUGAUCGUGGGAAGCUUGUUGAGCCGAAUGAAGUAUCUGAGGCAAGGGCCAAGCUCGUUGAGCUCAUGCUCCUGCGCCGACGAGGACUUGGGAACGCCAAUUCAAGUGCCAACAUGGCUUCAGGUGCCGCUUCUGAUGCCAAAGAGAGUGGUGAUGAUUUUGUUGAGCAUGAGGAUUGCUUGUUGGAUGUACCGGAGACAUAAGAGCAGUAAAGAUGUUGUCGACUUCAUGGAUGAGCGUGGUUAAUAGGGCUAAUACGAUGGGCAUAGCUGUGGCUUUUGAUUCUUGGAACUCCAAAGGCAUGUUUCAACUGCAUAUAGCUGUGACUUUUGAUGCUUGGAACUCAAAAGUCAUGGUUCAACUGUCUGUGCUAUCCUCGUGGUAGGUAAAUAUUCAUGAGGCAAUGUUAAACCUUUGAAGUUGGGUUCCCUUUAGUUCUCUGUCCAGAAAAUUUUGUUCUGGCAAAACAAUCUGCAAAGCUUGCUUAAUUCCAGGUAAUUUGAUAGAAUUCAGGAAUUUCCUCUAGUUCCUCACUCUGGCUUUGGCUAUUGGCUGAAGUACUACAUGAUGGUGCCUGGUUGGUGGCAUUGCUUGAGUUGAUGAGCCAGGUUCUCUUCAGCAAUUUGUCAACUCUAGUAAUUACUGCAACAUUCUCAGCUUCAACAGGGCCUGCAAGAUAUGCAAAUUUGGCAAUGGAUGGCUUCAGGCACAUACACUGCCCAUUCAUCUUUCAGUGCCUUAUUUGUGCGAUAGGUUCAUUCUUCCGACCGUCAAGCCUACUCUCCGAUGUGGGAACAUUGGAUGCCUAUGAAUUGCAAGUUUUUCUGCUGGUUGGCAUCACAGAACAAGUGCCUGAUGUUCAAAUAUUGCAAAGAGAUGAUGGUCGAAUAACCCUAUAUUAUCCCUGGUGGAGAGGCAGUUUUGCACCUUCGAAUGCUCAUAUAAAAGGUGCUGUAGUGUUGAUAGCUGUUUCUCCAUAGUUAACAAUUUUGUGGCCGCCAGAGUCUCCCCCAUGCUUGGUACAUAGCAAGGAUAUUUUCUUCAUAUACCUCACUAUAGUUGUAUCUUUCCUUCCCUGUAAUUGGUUACGAGUGUUCGUUUGAGAACAAAACGCUCUUAUAAUAAGAAGCAUGUACUUUUGCCA